AUGGAUUCUGAUUCUUUAUCUUUAUUUAAGAAGAAACAACAAAGAGAAAUAUCAUAAGCACUGUUAUAUGAAAGACAAGUUAGAGAAAAAGAACUACAAAAAAGUUAAAUUAUUUUGAAAUCUUGUGAAAGAAUGUCAUUGAUUACUGAUAGAUAACUAUAGAAAUUAAAAUAAAGCCAAAUAUCCACAGUUAAGCAUCAAUUAAAUGAGCAUAGGUUUAAAUCUUUAGAGAGUAAUCGAUCUUCCUGCAGUUCUAGGCCGAAAUUAGAGUUGGAUUAGGAAGCGUAUGAUAGAUGGAUGAAAUUUCAAAAAAGAUAAUUAAAUAGAAUAUAGACAGAAAAAUUGAGGAAAUUUGAGUAGAAAAUUGAAAGAGGAGAAAAAAUAAGAAUGAUGAAAGAAUUAGAAUAAAAAAAUAAAUAAAAAUUAAGAAUUGAAACAAACAUCUAAAAGGAGAAAAUUCACGAUGCAUAUACUCAAAGGCUUCAUAAAUUGCAGAAAUAAGUAUACGCAAAGUCAAUCAAAUUUGUUUGA